AUGAGAGAAGUUAAAUUGAAGAUAAACCCAAAAGAAAUACUAGAGGCAUACCGAGCCAUUAGCAAUAAAGACUCGAAAAUAUCCCUCAAACACCCAAACAUCAUAGAGUAUUUGACCGUGAUAAAGAAUAUACUUGGCGGUAGCAGUCUGGAAAUAGAAAGCAAUCAUACUGCUGAAGAAAAGGAAGAGAUUUUGGAGAUAUUUAAGAACGAUGUCUGGUACUACUUUAUGUGCAGCAAAGAUCAAUAUGUAAAAGAUACUAUCUUUGGCUUACAUAAAGCUCUGAUGGAAAGAAAAAAAAGAGAACUAGCUAAACAGAAUAAACACUCUUUAUUUGGAGAAGAAGAGAUAAAAACUCAGUAUGAGACUAUCAGAUUUAUCAAUAAACUUAUAGAGAUAAAUCCAGCUAUAUUCAACAAAGAGCAUGGCAUGGAUGUGCAGUUUGAUAAAAGCAUAAAAGCUGACUAUAUAAACCCAAAUAUUACGGAUCCUGAUCUAAGCACUAAGUCCUACACGAUAAGAAUUGAUGGCACAAAGUUUUCGAGCUUAAAAAAUCUCCUUAGAUCUACCCAGGAAACUAUAAUCCAAGAAGUUUUCUUUUCUAUUUCUGACCCAAAACCUCCAUUGGACAUAGACACUUUAUACAGACACUCAUCUGCAAAAGAACACUACACUCUAGACAAGCUGUACACAAAUACACAUGAUGAGACAGGCAUGCUUCUGGUAGACCACGGGCUGAAUCUUAUUUUCGAGAAGUACUAUGAAAUCGUGGAAUUAGUUGACCAAGUUAAGCCAGCAAAAGACAGUGCGAGUAACCUACUAGAGAUCACUGCUAAAAUUAAUGAAUUGUUUUUUGCAAAAGACUUGAAAAUAGUUACGUCUGUCAUCAAGAGUAUGAAGGAAAUUAGAAAGGAAAAAGAAGUGCACAGCUGCAUAUUCAAAGCAUUGGAAUACAUGGCAAACAACCCCCCGCUCUUGAACGCAAAUGACGGGUCAAACACAGUGCAGAUAGACAAAGAUCUAAGCAAUUUCAAUACAAACUAUAUAACCCGAGAUUAUACAGGCUUACACCAAACAGUAAGUGACAAAAGAGAUGAAUUGCGCAUACAAAUAAACUCAAUGCAUACAGAUGCAUUAAACAAAGUAGAAGAGUAUUUUAGACGGAAAGAUAUUUUUGAUCUCUGGGAAUGUAAAGAUGGGGAAGAUGUUCAGAAAUUCACACAGGAAAAAGAAAAAGAGGCAGGAGAGUUAAAAAUAUUGGACCGUGAAAUUAAUACUCUACAUAAAAAAAGAUAUCUACUAGAAUGCAAGCUGAAAGAAGAAGAUUUACAACACUCUAAUGUUCUAAAUCUUGUAAGAAACUUGCAAAAAUUACUCUCUGAAAUAACAUUACCCCAGAAGGAAUAUAUAGCCAAAAAGAUGGAAAAAUUUGAAGAAAUGAAAAAUAUGGAACCAGAAGAAGAAGUAAAUGACAUGAUAUUUCAGGAAGAGCCAAGAUUUGAGGAAGCAGAGAAAGGAACAGGCUUCUUCUCAAUGGACCCUACCCCACAGAACAUACUUAAAAUGUUUGCAAUAGCUGCUGUUUUUAUAGCAACAUCGAUACUACUGUGCGUCAGCCAGUCAAAGGACGGAAUAAUGAAGCUUCUCAGAAAUGAAUAG